AUGCUAUUCGUUGCAUUUGAAGGAAAAUCGAGGCUUAUCGACCUCAAAACGAAGACUGUGCACAAGACUUGUACGACAUCCCAUGUGGAAAGACGGGGACUGACGUACUGUGCCUCUUCCAUGACUGUUGUUGCGCACCAAUCCAAAGGAUGCACGUCGUUCUUUUCACCUUGUACGCAGCAACCGGUGCAGAGGAGUUUUACUUCAGAGACCAUUACAUGCUCAGUAUGUACAUCUGACGGCGUAUUCCUCGUUGGGGGGACAGGGGAGGGCAACAUCUAUGUGUGGAAUACACUUUCAGGGCAGCUAUUCCAUCUCGUUAGAGCCCAUACACGUUGCGUGACGGACAUCGCCAUGUCUUCUGACCAAUCGCUCAUUGUCACAGCCUCCGAGGACUCUGUGUGCAAGACGUGGACACUUGCCUCCUUAGUGGCUCGCGGUGUUAAGACACCGGCGCCUCACUCCAUCUUCAAUGGUCACACCUUGGCAGUGAACGCCUGCUCCUUUAUGGAAUCUGGGUAUUUGGUUGUGACAGGCUCUGCAGAUCGCACCUGCCGCAUUUUUGAUGGCUUAACAGGCCGCCAGCAAUUUCUUCUCACGGUCGAGGAUGCGCUGACGUCGGUGCGUUCUUCCCCCGGUGGUGAAAUGCUGCUUCUUGGUUCUGCUAGUGGAUCAUUGUUCUUUGUGAGCCUCUACACCGAUACUGCGGGACCAAGGCUCCCAACAGGGCUCUGCAGACGCAAUGACGACGUUGUCGUGCGCCGCCCCUUCGAAGAGGGUCACAGCGGCGCUAUUGUGUUUAUUUGGUUCGACGCCGCUCGGCCUGAUUAUGCCAUUGUGGGGAGUGCGAACGGCGCCGUACUGUGGUGGAACACCGCCACGCGAGCGGUGCAAAGUGAGGCCCUUCCACGUUUGACCGCCGGUGUGUUAAGCAUUUGUUACGUGCCGCGAGAGGCGGCUUCGCUUCACUCAUUGCCAUGCACUGGCAUUGCGAAGCACCCACUUGAUCCGUGCGGGACAGACUACGCUGUCGUGGCCGUGACGGAUGGUAACGCGGCGACAAGGCGACGCGUGGCUGCGGGUUCGCGGCGGCGUCGUCGCCUUGAAUCCUGCGGGGCAGACAUCGCCGGUGACAGCGCGAAGGGGCGGGAUGAUGAGAAGGAGGAGGAUGCUGAGGCAACAGAGCCGAGCGCGGGGAGCGGCAGAUGCCGCAUCGAGGACCUUCGUUGCCGAGAAGAGAAGAACAAUGAACUCGAAACUCUUCGAGACCGGCUUAAAGAAAAAUUACAGAAGCUAGAGGCUUCUUAA